AAACGAACGACAAAGAUCUCACAGUUGGUGGGGGUCUGACUGUUUGUGGGAUUGCGACACAUCAUGAAGCACUAACUUGCAAGCUUGAAGAUUUCGCAUUUUGGACGUAACGCAAUUUCUUCACGUUCUGUUUUUAUUUUUAUUUUAUUUUUGGGUAAAGAAUUUCUUCACGUUCGCUCCUUGACGCUUGCAAAGAUUUAAAGGAUUUGGUUUCAGAGAAAGCUGUUUCUGUGGGAAUUUGAGAUCUCUUUGCAAUGGGUUCUGUGGAAGAGAUACUGGGUCAACUCGACAAGGAAUCAUAUGUCUCCCUCCUCUCUAAGCUCAUCGGAGAAUCGAAAUAUGUUCAGAACAACCCACCAGAGUUGAUUCCUGAAGAGGACAGAGUAGUUAAGCACGUUUUGGAUGUUCUUCUUCCUCACAGCACCACAAGUGGUGGAGGACCAUUGAUUGUAAACCAUGUUACCUAUGUUCAGGGCAGAGGAAACGUUAUUAUUGAAUACCCAGGAACCGUUCCAGGCAAGGUCUUGUCCUUUGUUGGAUGUCACAUGGACGUCGUCACUGCUAACCCUGAUGAAUGGGAUUUUGAUCCUUUCUCUUUGAGUAUUGAUGGGGAUAAACUUCAAGGCCGUGGAACAACUGAUUGUUUGGGUCAUGUUGCUCUGGUGACUGAACUAAUGAAGAGGUUGGGGGAAACAAAGCCAAAGUUGCAAUCGACAGUGAUUGUAGUCUUAAUAGCGAAUGAAGAGAAUUCAUCAAUUCCAGGGGUUGGUGUGGAUGAGCUUGUGAAACAUGGGUUGCUUGAUAAGCUCAAACAAGGCCCUCUGUAUUGGAUUGAUACUGCAGAUAAACAACCUUGCAUUGGCACUGGUGGUGUGUUAGCUUGGAGACUUAGAACAAUCGGGAAGCUUUUCCAUAGUGGUCUACCUCACAAGGCUAUUAAUCCUUUGGAGUUAUCCAUGGAAGCACUUAAAGAGAUUCAGCUGCGAUUCUACAGAGAUUUCCCUCCCCAUCCUAAGGAACAGGUCUAUAAGUUCGCAACACCAUCAACCAUGAAACCAACUCAGUGGAGCUAUCCAGGUGGUGGAAUCAAUAUAAUCCCCAAUGAGUGUACAAUCACAGGAGAUGUCAGGUUAACUCCCUUCUACAAUAUAUUGGACGCAAGAAAGAAGUUGCAGGAAUAUGUAGAAGAUAUUAAUGGCAACAUAGAGAAGCUAGGCACACGAGGUCCAGUUUCAAAAUAUGUCCUCCCAGAGGAGAAUCUCAGGGGAAGACUUGAAAUCAGUUUUGACGAAGAAAUGAUGUCUGGAGUUGCUUGUGAUCUUGACUCCCGUGGCUUCCAUGUGUUGUGUAAAGCCACCGAAGAAGUGGUUGGCUAUGUAAAACCUUACUCAAUAACUGGGAGUUUGCCAUUGAUUCGAGAAUUGCAGGAUGAAGGCUUUGAUGUUCAAACUGCAGGAUAUGGCAUUAUGGCUACAUACCAUGCACAGAAUGAAUACUGCCUUCUCAAUGAUAUGUGCCAAGGCUUCGCAGUGUUUGUAAGCAUCAUCGACCAAUUAGAAGGUGACACAAGCUAGAAGCAUAUCCACCACUCCAGUAGUUUCUUCUGCAAAUACAGUUUCAGUGACCUUACUAGCAUCAUUCCUGAAACAGAAUAAAAUGGAUACAUUCUUAUCAGCUUGAUUACUCUUUUUCUGUUUGCACUUCAAAUGUGUCAACUUGUUUUGUGUUAUACAUUGAUUUAAGUAUGAAGAUCAACUAUGCACACUUGACAGCCUGGUUGCUUGGCUGACUGACCUUAAUUUACAUACAUCUUGGACCAAGCUUGUAAAAGGUUGAACUAUCCAGAUUUUGAGCCAGCCUGUGAUUUUCAUAUGAAAUUUAUGUUGAAACUUUACGAAAGAA